GGGGCCUCCGUCGUCCUCGCUGCCGGGACGGUGAUGUCGGCCUUUGUCACCUCCGCUGGGAUGCUGUUCCUCACUUACAGCACGUUUGUGGGUCUUGGCUGCGGUGUCCUAUACAACAUUAGUUGUAUGAUCGUGCCGUUCUACUUCAACAAACGGCGAGGCCUGGCCAACGGAGUCCUCAUGGCCUGGGAGGGGGGCGGCCAGUUCCUGGGGCCUCCUCUCAUCAACUUCCUUCAGACACAGUACGGGUUUCGAGGCGCUACGCUAGUGCUGGAGCUGUCGUCUUUAACUGCGCUGUCGGAGCUGCAGUUUUCCAUCCGGUUGAGUGGCAUUUGA